AAAAGGGGGCGGGGGGACUCGACUUGUUGUGUUGCUGCCCGAGAGCCGGAUACUGUCGUCUUGCGGCCGUGCCGCUUCCAGUCUCCAGACCAUGUCUCACUUAGUCGAGCCGCCGCCACCCUUGCACAACAACAACAACAACUGUGAGGAAGGGGAGCAGCCCCUGCAGCCUCCCGCUGGCCUCAACAGUUCCUGGGUGGAGCUACCCAUGAACAGCAGCAAUGGCAACGAUAAUGGAAAUGGGAGGAAUGGGGGACUGGAGCACGUCCCUUCCUCGUCUUCCAUCCACAAUGGAGACAUGGAGAAGAUCCUGCUGGAUGCACAGCAUGAGUCAGGACAGAGCAGCUCGAGGGGCAGCUCUCACUGUGACAGCCCUUCACCACAGGAAGAUGGGCAGAUCAUGUUUGAUGUUGAGAUGCACACCAGCAGGGACCACAGCUCUCAGUCAGAAGAAGAAGUUGUAGAAGGAGAAAAAGAAGUUGAGGCUUUGAAGAAAAGUGCAGACUGGGUAUCAGACUGGUCAAGUAGACCCGAAAACAUCCCACCCAAAGAGUUCCAUUUCAGACACCCUAAACGCGCUGCGUCUCUGAGCAUGAGGAAGACUGGAGCCAUGAAGAAAGGGGGCGUUUUCUCUGCAGAGUUCCUAAAGGUUUUCAUCCCGUCUCUCUUCCUUUCUCACGUGUUGGCUUUGGGGCUGGGAUGGUAAAACACAGCAUUGUGGAGCAUGAUUCUGGAAUACAAAUGCAUCUAUAUUGGAAAACGACUGAGCACACCUUCUGCCAGCACCUACUGAGGGAGACGAAAAGCCCUGGAAAUUCGUGUGGCCUGUGAAGUGGUGUAUUGUAGUUUGAAUUUGAGACCUAUUGUAAGCAUGGUCCCCACCUCCCGCCCUAUUUUUACAUACCCAAUUCCAGUAACUCUCAAAUCCAGUAUUUUACUCAAACUCUGUUGGGGCAUUUUACUAACCUUGUUCCCUUUUUGGCCUGUAAGACACUUUAGAGAUUCCUAACAGAGUUUACUGUUGUUUAGAAAUUUGCAAGGGCUUUUUUUCAGCAAUGCCACCAGCAGAUUAUAAUCUUGUCAACAGUGCAUCGUUCCUCUUAGUGCCACCAGUCACCUGCAUCAUUCAUGCUAGAAGCUGUGUUCUAGCCAUGCAGUUACAUCUCUUUCUAAAUGAGGUCAGGUUUGCAAAUAAUACUAUAAAAGCUUUGUUUAGUCUUUGUUUUGUUUUCCAGGACAAAAACAAGCUUCCCAAAGCUUGAAUUUAUAGUUAUAAAAUGAAAACAAAACCAAAAAAGAAAAAAAAAGAAAAAAAAAAGCAAGACACAAGGAAAAAAAAUAUCCUGGGCAAUAAAAGUUACUUUCAACCAGCUCUGGAGCCACUCUUUUCCUAAGCCUCCUGUGCCGCCUUCAGUUUGUAGGAGGCAGCCUGUAUGAACGACAGACAGAAAACAGAGGAGUAGAACAUACUGGCAGAGUUAACAUUAGUAUACUGCAAUGCUGUCUUUUCUACGAUAGAGAAUCUUUGUCAGGAAUGUCUCAGGCCUAGACAUACAUGAAACUUACUUUUGAGAUUUUGUAUGUUUGGUAUUUUCAUGUGUUACCUGCAUGUGAAUUUCUCAUGACUUUUGUUUUUCUUUUUUUUCUAAGAAGAGACUUGGAACGAGUCUGAUUCAUAGUGUUAAUAGAGGCUUCUUGUUUUAGGAAGCUGUGCUUACACUCUGGAGCCUUUACACACUGAAGAAUAACUUCAGAGUUAUUCCAAGUUCUUGUGUAACUUGGAAAAGUAGACUUGGUUUGUGGGAACAGUUGAUGAAGUUCUGGACAGAUGCCAUUCGUUCUUUGGUUCCUCCCUGUUGUUGGCUGCAGUCUUCCCAAGGUGUCUUUAGUCUCUCCCAGGCCCUGUGACUUUCUCAACGUAGGUGUCUUCUCAGUUCUGUCAAAUUCCUGAUGUUCUGCAAUACUCAGAAAAUUCUUAGAAUGGCAGACUUCCUUUUGUCUGUUUCUAAAAUGUGAAGCUUUAGGACCAAAUUGUUAGACAGCGUCAGGAUUUGCAGGUUAUCUCAAGUACAUUGUGUUAGAUUUCAGAGCACACUAUCACUCCGAAGGAGUCUGUCUGAUAUACAUAAUUACUGUUUAAGAUGUACACUUUGCUAUAGUUACAGAACCAUUGUGAAUUUCAAAGCUAGCAACCUACAUGGUGCACCAGGUUGACUUGAAUAAAUUUGGCAAGCAGGUUUGCCAGUGUGCAGAAACUAACUCUUCUCUCACAUAAAGGCUUAUAAAAUUGGUGUGUUGUAUGGAAAUGGAAAGGAAGGUAGAUAAGACAUUUCUGUCAUUAUUCAAGAAUAUGGUUGUUUAUCUUUAAGGAAGAUAACAUAUAUAUCCAAAAUAGUUUUGUGAGUUAUUUUCUUUCUGGCAUUUAAUGUCUUCAUGAUUUGUGGGCAACUUCUGUUCCUUUUCCUUUCUUGCUCUUAAAUCUGGUGACGCUUGAUCUGCCUUCUCACCUGUUACUUCAAGUGUUUAUACUUGAGUUUCUUAGGAAGAAAGUAAAUCUGAUGGCCUUUUGUUUUGUUUUAGUUGUUGUUUUGUUGUAGUUGUUUUUGAAAAGCCGGAAUCAAAUUGUCAAGGCUCCUGAGGCUAAAGUCCAACAUAGUUUGCAGUGCUGAUGUGCGAGCUGGCGGAGCAGAAUCACUCUAAGCGCUCGCUCUUACAGGCAGACACUGCCUUCUCUCUAAAUUCAGUAGCAGUUUUAUCGGCAGUGCCAUUGAAUUAUGGGAACAUUUAUGAUUUUCUUUCAACAUUAAAACUAAAAUUUAGUUUUGCCAUUGUUUGAAAGUAUUAGUAAAAUCAUAUAAUACAUCACAGAACAACUGUCUACCAGUGAGCCUGCACGGUGUUGAUUUGCUGCUCCAACAUAGGGGAUGUUCAUAUUCCUACACAGAAUCUUAUUGAGUGAAAACAGAUUGUCCUAUCAUGAAGUUGAAAUUUAAGAUAAGGUUUAAAAAGCUUUAUUCCUGUUUACAAUUUGGGAUGAAAAGCAGGCUUCAUUUUAAGUUUAUUGAAAACUGGCUCAGAUGUUUGUAAGCCAAGAGGAAAGCGGCCCAGAGAACAGCACAGUGAGUUACUCGGUUGAAGACUGAAAUGGAGACUCGGCCCGUGGGACGAAUCUCACAGUGAAGCAGCUGUUGGAACUCCUGGGAUUAAUGGAGCCAGAGUGACAUGCAUCCUUCGUCUGUCUCAGCAGCACUGGCGUCAUUCCUUACAGUUUACAGAACACAUGGAACUUGUAGCUAGAAACAUUUUGUGCCAUUAAAGCUCUCACAAAACCUG